UCCAACCAACUCCGUUCUCCUCCAAAAAUAAGAACAUUCAUUUGGAAAAUAAUAAUUCGCAGUCCACAGUUAAUCACGAACAGCUCGACGAAUUCCUCGUUACGGAUUUCCGUAUUCGACACUUCGUCGGAACGGCGUUAAUUUGGGUCCACAAAAGGGAGGUUAUAGGGUGAUUGCUGACGCUAAUGGGGUGGCGUCAACCGUGAAAGUUCUAGCGAUGGCGCAUAGACUACGGUGGUGAAUGUGCCUGUCGGUAACGCACUACCAGGGAGUACGUGGCGAACUGGGUUGGACUGCCUUUUUGAUCUAGGAGGUCCAGGAGCCGAGACGAACACGAAAAAGGAAAAAAUCGAUUUUAGAAUAUUUCCCGAGCUCUAGAAAAAUCGCAAUUGGGCUGCCCCAAAGGGCACGCCAUGUCCUCCGUGGUGAUGCCUUACCAACAGGCACGUUCACUAUCGUAGUUCAUGUGCCACCGCUACGGAAUUUUGUGGUUGAAGCCACUCCAGAAGCGUCAACAAUCUCCCCUAUAAUCUGCCUGAAAGCCCCAGGAGAAUAUAGACUGGCGUAGUGAUACAAACAUGUCUGCCGAGAACAUAGUUCCCCAGUGACAGUAAUUUUUCAUUAACAUUUUUUUCACGGCUUUGGCAAAAGUUCCCGUCGAUUAUAAAAAAUCAAGAUUUUUUUUGUUGGUGAUGUGGUUAUCAGGUGCGUCAUAAGAAACCAAACGAUGAGGAGAGACAACACCUUUUGGAAUUUCGGAGUUGGUGAUCCGGUCAGUGAUGCCGUAGUCAAGGAGACCGCAGGGCAGUAGACAACUGACAUUCUGAACCGGUCGUGUCGUUUUGUUACUCAUACAAAUUAAUUAAAAACCGAAGUGUUUAUAUUCCACGAGUGCAUGAAGUUCUCGUGAUUAUUUAACGAGUUUUCCAGGGUGACACACGAACGUCAUCUCACCCGGAGGACAAUCAGUAGACGAGAGAGUGAGGAAUAACACAACUAAUUGUGGAAAUAACAUUUUUUUAGUCCAGUGGACGAACCCUCACGGGGGCGUCUAAGUUAAUAAAAGGACGGUGGAAGAGCUGAAGUUGAGAGGCCCUUUGCAUCAAAACGUGAAGGCGACUGUAAUAUUGCGAAUAGUGGGACAAUCGAGGGACUCAUUGCCAUGACUACAACUGGAGCUCAGUACGCUUUAGCAGCAUCCACAACAGCCAACCAUGGCGGGGGUAAUUCUACGGUUGUAGAGGCGGACAUCAAACCGAGCGUUGUCGUUGUCACAACUUCUAGUACAAGUGCAAGUGGUAGUGUUGCACAGAGCCAAGGAGCAAGGGGUCAACUUAUCACUGUUGUUACUAGUCCUGAUCCAUCUAAUAGUAAUAAUCUACAGCCGAUACAGUUGGUGGUCCAAGAUCCAUUGGAAACAGCUGCGGAUUCGUCUAAUGGUUCAUCAGGUACAGCCGCCCACGUAACAGCCCAAGUUGUUGUUAAUACAACACAUUCGGGACAACAUACCCUGAUUGAUUCCGACGUUGCGUCCACAUCGACGGGAACGAUUGUCAGUGGUUCGCCUCAUUAUAUCACAGUAACAGUGUCAGGUGACGCUGAAGCUGUGGGGUCUGAAUCGGGAUCACAUCCAACAUAUGUGCAAUAUGUCCAGGGAGAUGGCUCAACUUAUAAUCUUGCUAAUGGAGAGAUGACAUAUCCAGUGUAUGCUGUAGGCGAGGCAGGAGCCAUGUACACCCCAGCCUCGAAUCAGUAUUACACAUCAGCAACAACGCCCGUGACUUAUGCACAAGUAUCUGGCCAAGGCUCCAAUACAACAACAAAUCAGCUUUUAUCCCAGGGUAAUGGCACGUACCUGAUACAACAGAGUGUAGUCGAUGGAGAUCCAGCGACUCACGCUCUGAUAUCAGCCGCAACGGCCCGGGGGAGUCCCCAGACCGAUAAUGCGGACGCUGUGGUUAGCGGGGGUGGAGGGGCAUACUUGAUCAGUGGUAAUGCUGGAGGGACUGCUAUCAACGUGGAUGAGGCCGCAACAGCGGCCAACAUGACGCAUGCCACUAGGGUCUCGCAGGCCACCGUAAGCCAUAUCGACUCGCCAUUUGUGCAAUGGCUCCUGGAGAAUUAUGAGACAGCAGACGGUGUGUCAUUGCCCCGUUCCACCCUCUAUAAUCACUACCUGCGUCACUGUUCAGAGAACAAAUUGGAUCCAGUUAACGCGGCUAGUUUCGGAAAAUUGAUACGUUCAGUAUUCCUGGGAUUAAGAACACGGCGACUAGGAACAAGAGGUAACUCCAAGUACCACUACUACGGUAUCCGAGUGAAGCCAAAUUCCCCCUUGAUCCUGCUGAACGAGGACGGAACAUCCCGUCAACAGACAUCAGCCAACAAUCAAACAAAACGCUUCAAGUUUUCAAAUCAGAAACAGGAAUCAUCAUACGACAGCAACACCCACGGAACAGUCAACAUAACAUCAAAUACAACAACUCCUCAGUACCACCAGUACCUCGGUGAAGCAAGUGGAGCAAUUCCCGAUUUUCCAGAGAUUGUCGUGAGCCACGGUUCCUCUCUCCCCGAGGACUGCACUUUGGAGGACAUCGACACCUUCAGAAGCAUCUACCGAGAGCACUGCGAGGCCUUUCUCGAUGCAGUUCUUAAUUUUGAGUUUGGAACUGUCGAGAGCCUUUGGAGAGAGUUCUGGCGCAGUCAAGACAACAACAAUGGGGAUGAGUGCGAGGAAGAGAAAUACCUAUCGAAAACCAAACUCUAUCAGAUGUGCAAGUGCAGCGAAGUCCAGGAGUUCAUUAAAACCGUUGAUUAUACAUUCUAUCAAAAUCUGGUGGAGGUGCUCAUGCCCGAUGUACUGAGACCCAUUCCCAGCACAUUGACACAAUCGAUACGAAAUUUUGCAAAGGGAUUGGAGUCGUGGCUGACAACAGCUAUGAACGGCUGUCCCGAGGAGAUGAUGCAGAUCAAAUUGACAGCAGUUUCGGCAUUUGCACAGACACUGAGGCGUUAUACAUCAUUGAAUCAUCUGGCUCAAGCUGCUAGAGCUGUUCUACAGAAUUCUAGUCAAAUAAAUCAGAUGUUGGCAGACUUGAAUCGAGUGGAUUUUCAUAAUGUACAAGAACAGGCCUCAUGGGUAUGUCAGUGUGACUAUACAGUCGUCCAGCGCUUGGAGGCUGACUUUAAAAUGACACUGCAGCAGCAAAAUUCAUUGGAGCAGUGGGCAGUUUGGCUGAAGAGUGUUGUAACCCAGGUUCUCAAGCCUUACGAGGGAAAAACCACGUUUGCAAAAGCAGCACGACAAUUUCUCCUUAAAUGGUCAUUCUACAGUUCGAUGGUAAUUCGUGAUUUGACACUCCGAAGUGCUGCGAGUUUUGGAUCAUUUCAUCUUAUUCGAUUGUUGUACGACGAAUACAUGUUUUAUUUAAUCGAACAUCAAGUUGCAAUCGCCACUGGGACAACUCCAAUUGCUGUCAUGGGAGACAAAAAUCAAACUUGUCAGAUGCUCACCACCUUUGGCACAACAUCGAAUGGAGAUGCAUCGAGCCCCAACACACCGAAACGCAUGAAAAUGAGCUAACUGAGAGCGGACGCCCUGUAGAUUAUAUAAAACGACAGAGUCUCUCACAACGUAGAACAGUUUCAACUCAUGCAGGCCUACAGUGUUGAAUUUAGUUCAAUAAAUUAUUAUUUUUGAUAUAAACUGAAGGAGGAAUUGGCGAAAAAUUGAGCGAGACAUUGCGCUCAUCCCCGAAUUAAUGUGAAUGAUAAAUCAAUCAGUCGUAAGUUCGUGUGAUAGGUGUAGAUCGUAAAUAACUUUUGAAUUAGUGAUAACAUUGAAUGAUUAGUCUAACAGAUGAUGAUUAUUGAUUUCCGAAAAUCUAUUAGACAAUUUUUAUUUGCCUGAAACAAUUUCACUAUAAUUUUUUAAUGGAAUAAAAUGGAAAUAGAAGUAGAAUAAGUGAACUUAAAAUUCAGAUGUUAAUAAUUACGCCUAUAGAAUUUUAACAUAAUGAAAUAUCUAGUCGGAUUUCGUAAUGUCAUGAUUGAAAUGUCCGAGUUUAUGAGUAAAAUGUCCGUGAAAAAAAAACUCCAACCAGGCAAAGAACCAAAAAAAAUAGAAAUGUUGAUAUACGAGAAGUAAUUAACGAAAUAAUGAAUAAUGUAUAGAUAAAUUGUCUUCAUUGGAGUGAUCCUUAUUCACCCGUCCUUGCACAAAUUGUGAAUUGAAGUGUGUUAAUAACACACUCACUCAUUGAUUAAUAUUAUACAUAGGGUAUAACAAAAGAAAAGUGGAAUGAACAUGAAGAGAAAUUGAUUAAUUAAUUAUUACGACGAGUCACGAGUAGGAUUAGAUAGUUUGUAAAUUGCUGGUGUACGGACACUUACUGGUAGGUUUGCCGAAAUUUGUUGGAGAGAAAGGAUCGAGCAAUUUAAUAUUUUUUAUUACAGUUUACGCUUUAGAUUACCGGAUUUUUUUGGAAGAAGGAGAAAAACAAGUCUUCUUCAAAGGCCAAUAUCUCGAAAUAGGCUGAGUGAAUUUGAAUGAUUUUUUCACACAUUGAGACAGAUCUUUCAAGAUUGAAACGUAAAAAAAAAAACCAAAUUCGGAUCGUCAAAUGACGAGAUAUUGGAGAUUUUAGGGCGACGCAACUUGAGCUUCUUGAAGUAGAAUCCCUUUGAGUUCAAUAUUAUCUAGAUAUAAUUUCAGGAUAGAAAAGGAGAUUCUAUAUUCUACGAUGAACAAACAUAGAUAUAACGCAUGUGUUUGUUUAAACUUAAGGUAUAAUCAAUGUUGAGUGUAUAAAUUUCAGUCGAUAUCGAGUGUUUUUUUUCAUUUAACUGCCGAUAUAAUUUAAAGAGAAAUAAAAACUGUAAGAGUUCAAUAUGCAAUUGCUGCUAUUAAUUUACAACGAAUGAAAAUAAACGCUGCGAAGAAAUUAAAUGAGAUAUCUUAUCGCCUGAAUUAAAAAAAAAAAAAGACUGAUAGCUGUGAGCAUGAGAAAUCCAAAAACAAAAAUCCAGGAUAUUUAUCUCGUUUCGUUGUUAUUUUAACAUUGAAUUUUCGUGAAUAUUUAAUUCCUGGGCGUUUAAUCGUUUUAGUUUUUUUUCAGUCUAUCGGAGACACUCGACUACUAGUCAGAUAAUUAAGGCAUAAUGACACACACGUCAUCCUCUCCUCUAGAUAAAUUAAAAGAUUAUUUGAAGAAGUGAAGUAGUCAGCACAGGGAUAUUCCAUAAUUGUAAUGAGCUUAUAAGUGUAAAGAAAUGAAAAAAAAAACUAUUGAUACCUAAGUGUACCUCUUACAUAUGACAAUUGCGUAUUUUACUAAUAAAUUAUAGGAUUAUUAUCGAUUAAUUGGAGUAAUUAACGAGGGUGAGAGGUAAUUGUCAGGAAUAUACUCCACAUUCCUACCACCAAAUGAUGAAUUAUCAAGUUAUUUAUAAUUAUCAGUUCCACGAGCACAGCUUUACACUAGACUAUGUUUUUCAUUGAAUUUCCACAUUAAAAUGCAAUAUUAAAUAAAAAAAAAUAUUGUUGGCGAGAGGAUAGUGUAUUUUCGAGGAGUUCGAGGAAAUUUUUCCCAAAUGUUUUUUUUUUACUGUAAAAAAGAGAGUUUUUAUUGAAUUUGAAAUUAAUGAAAUUAAGUUACAUUACUAUUUAUUCUUCUACAGCUAUGAGAAUUGAUUUCGUCCUAUUUCUUUUUUGUUGAAGUAUUGAAAAUAAGAUAAUUCUCUAAAUUGCGUAAAUACACUUUGAUAUAUUAAUAUUCAGUAGUGGAGUAGUUAAUUCAUCAGUUUUUUUUUCUGAAUAUCGAUGAAUAAAUCCUCACUACUGAAAGAAAAUACGAGAAAACGGCCUUAAUCUAUUGAAAAUAUCUCACUAUCACGAUAUAAUAGCGAUUUUGAUGAUUUAACUGAUUCGAAACUCAAUUCCCCAUUUCAUAAUGCAACGGAUCUUGUCAGCCUUCCAAUGAAAACAAACAAAAACGUGAGAAAUAGACUCCAUGUUACGAUGAAGUGAAAAUCAUCCUGAUGUACUUCAAUGGAGAAUUUUCCGUGUACAGCGUAUGAAAGAAUGAGGAAUAUUUUCAUACAGUUUCAUAACUCGUCGAAUUGAAUAAUAGAAGUACUAUCCACUUGCAUAGAAUUAUUUUUAUCAAACACGAAACCAAAUGCAGCUCAAAAUCUAGCCAUCAGUGGCAUAUUGAGAUGACGAGACGAGGGACAAAAUCGAAUGUAUUGUGUAGUUUAUUUAAAACGAAUGUAAGAAAUAUGUUUGUGGAAAUAUUGUGAAUGUGAGUAUUGCAACAUGGUAAAAUCGUAUGUUACAAAUAUACGUUUACGAAUGUAAUAUCUGAGUUUGUGCUAU